AUGAUAUAUAGUGAAGAACUAUGAUGCCGAAAGCGGCGUGGGAACCCGAAUACCACAGAGUAUUUGUGGACUUAUGCGUGGAGCAAAAGAUGUUGGGGAAUCAACCUGGAACGCAGCAUAUAUUGAAACCUUUUCUUCAAAGAACUGGCGCUAGGUUCACCAGAAACCAGCUUAAGAAUCAUUGGGAUACAAUGAUCAAGCAGUGGAAGAUUUGGUGUAGACUUGUUCAAUGCACUGAUAUGCAAUGGGAUCCUCAGACUAACACGUUUGGUGCCAGUGAUCAAGACUGGGCCAACUAUUUACAGGUGAAUCCUGAGGCUGGGCAGUAUCGGUUGAAUCCUCCGUCGUUCCUCGAGAAACUUGAGCUUAUCUUUGAAGAUAGUAACUUAGAUGAUGAAGGUACUUCAGGUAGCAAAAGGAAGCGAAUAUGCAAGUAUCCUGAUGAUGAAAAUGAUACUGCAGAUGAAGAUACGCAAAGUGCGUCUAAUUUCUCGAGUCCGCAGUCGAAAGGAUACUGGUCACCGUCCUCACAUGAGCUGUUUGUUGAUUUGUUGUUCCAAGAGGCUUUAAAAGGAAACAGACCUGACUCACAUUAUCCAAAGGAAACUUGGAAAAUGAUGCUUGAGACGAUCAAUCAGAAUACCGGAAAAAGCUUCACUAGACCGCAGCUCAAAAAUCAUUGGGAUUGCACCAGGAAAUCGUGGAAGAUCUGGUGUCAAGUAAUCGGUGCUCCCGUCAUGAAAUGGGAUGCUAAUUCCCAAACAUUUGGCGCUACUGAUGAAGACUGGAAAAACUACUUAAAGGAAAAUCAUAGAGCUGCACCAUUCAGACGGAAACAACUUCCUCACGCGGAUAAACUAGCAACCAUCUUCAAAGGACUUAUAGAACCUGGAAAAGCCUAUUUCCGUCCUUAUCGCAGGAGAGUGCUCGAUUAUCAUUCCGAAUCACCACAGCUACAUGACCCAACUCCAUUAUCAACACUUUACACAAACGAGCCAGUCACAGGAAGUGAAGGUGGAGCUGAUGAAGAUGACAAUGAUGACGAUGAUGAGCCUACUCCGCAGCACCGGAGAUUUAACGGUGUUGGUUUUGCAGAGUCUCGGUUACAAGAUGUUGAAAUUGUAACUCCGGGAUGCCACAGGUUCAAAACUGAGCUGAUGAAGGAGAGUCCAGUGAGUGCAUCGGUUAAGCAGUACGAGUAUACAAUUGGGGAAUGCAUAGAGUGUUUGGACGCCAUGGAAGAGGUUGAGCAAGGUAGUGAUCUUUACUUGUUUGCGUUGGAUUUGUUUCUAACCAAAGAGUACAGAGAGAUUUUCUUGCUGUUGAAGAACUCAAGUUUGAGAAUGUCUUGGCUGCUUAGACGUCAUUCUGGUGGCUCUACCAUUGCUGCCUAAGAUCCUCUCAUUCUCCCAAACCUCUGCUUAUGUCUUAUGUACUCUUUUCAAGAAAACUCUUUUAUGUACUUUUUUGUUCAAGUUUAUUUUGUGUUGAUGGGUAAUAUCUAGUAUGUUGGAGUAACUUAGAGCUCUUUUCAACAGUGUGAGAUGUUAAAUUAUUAAGCUAAUGAGUUAUGAGCAAUCAAAAUAAGUUGACAAG